AUGAGAUCAUAUCAGAUUGUGGAUAUCAGGAAGUUUGGCAGUGAGGAAGCAACAAGCUCUCACCAGCCCAGACUUCCUCCAUCUUCACUUCUCCCCCACACGACAGGACCCCUGUUUAAAAACCAUCCUUUCAUCGUCACCUGGAACAUUCCCAACCUGGUGUGUAACAGAUACAACAUCUCACUGAACACCUCACCUUUCAAAGGAGUGGCUACACCUGCUAAGGUUCCAGACCAGUUCCUGUCUCUGUUCUACACAGACCGUCUGGGCCUUUACCCACAUGUAGACCUCACCAAAGGUAAACAGUACAACGGAGGCAUUCCUCAAAGAGGCAACCUGAAAGCCAGUAUGAAUAAGGCUCGAGCAGAUAUUAACUACUACAUCCCAUCCAAGACAUCCAGAGGCUUGGCUGUAAUAGACUGGGAGGAAUGGCGCCCCCUGUGGGAGAGAAACUGGGGCACUAAAAGAAUCUACCAGACUUUAUCUGUGGCCCAUGUAAUGCAGACAAACCGCUCCCUCACUGUGGAACAAGCAACAGAAAAAGCCAAACAACGGUUCCAGGUGGCAGCCAGGAGUUUCAUGUCAGGGAUGUUGGCAAUAGGCAGGGCGAUGAGAUCCAACUAUCUCUGGGGCUUUUACCUGUUUCCAAACUGCUAUAACUACGGCUGGCAUGAGGCAGAAUACACAGGGAAAUGUUCCAAUGAGGUGAUGAGGCAGAAUGAUGAGCUGUUCUGGCUCUGGGAGUCCAGCACAGCCCUCUACCCCUCUGUGUACCUGCAGGCCUCUCUGGCAGACAAUCCCAAAGCUGCUCUGAUGGUGAGAAACCGUGUGCAGGAGGCUUUGAGAGUAUCUGCCCUACCCAGACGGACUGGCACUGCACCUGUGUUUGUUUACACUCGCCCGGUCUUUGUUGAUCAGAACAGACGUUUCCUCAGCCAGGGGGAUCUGGUCCACACCAUCGGAGAGAGUGCAGCAGUAGGGGCAUCAGGUGCUGUACUGUGGGGGGCCAGUGCUGACUAUGAUGACCAGGUCUCUUGUGAUGCCCUCUCGUCCUAUCUCUCGUCCACUCUAAACCCUUACAUCACCAAUGUCACCGCAGCUGCUCAGCUCUGCAGCAACUUCCUCUGUCAGGGCAACGGCCGCUGUGUUCGAAAAAACUACAACUCCAAUUACUAUCUUCACCUAAACCCUGAGAAUUUCAGGGUUGCGCGUAUUCAGAGGCGUUACCUCGUUCUAGGGAGACCUACCUUGACUGAUCUAAAGGCUCUGAGCAGGAGGUUUACUUGUCAGUGCUACACAGGACUGACCUGUACUCCCAGGACCUACAAGGAAUUAGCCAAAGCUUUGUUCAGUGUGAAGCAUGGGCUCUUCCCUAGUCGGUGGUAG